GUUUUGACAGCUGCAUCAUUACGCAUUUUUUACGUGAUUUUUCACAAUUGCAAAAUAGAAGAGGAAAACCACUCAAAAUACAUUCAAUUCUAUUUUAAUUCUUGAAAAGUCGCUGCUAGCUUAGGUCUGAUUAGUUGAGGGAGGGGAAUUCUGAGAAACAAGAGAGAAAAACAGUGUUAAAUGGCGACUUUGGGUGAAGAAGUCACCCUGGAUCGAACCUUGAAUGAUAUUUUCAAGGAAGGUCACAAAUCUCUACAGAAUUUGGACAAGAGAAACGAUGCGACCAACAGCCCAGAGUUUCAGAUGGAAAUCAAAAGAUGCAUGAAACUCUUUGAGGAUGCCACUCGCCUGGUCAGUGCAAUCGGGAUGUUCAGCUCGAAUGAACGAUAUGAGGAAAUUCCCACAAACCACCUGAAGUACCUACUUCUGCCCUAUUUCCUCGCUCAACUAACACAGAAGCUCUGCGGUGGCGAUCGGAAGGAAAUCGUGGAUGCUUCGGAAGUGUACUACAGAGAUUUCUUGAAGCGCUGCUCGGAUUACGGGCUGGCGGAGGGAGUCUCCUUGGCACUAGCGAGGCCCUCGAAUGGAGGCGACGGCUCUGCUGGCGAGAUCGCAAUGCUGAUGCGAAUGGCGGAAGGGAGAAAUGCAAAAGUGCAGAAAUAUCGGCAGAAAAAAGAACUCCAGGACAGAAUUAAUGAGCUGAAGGUGGCUAUGGAGAGGGAAGAGUUGGACGAAGAGCAGCAGAAGGAGUUUUACGUGAAGAUGCUUAAAUCUUGUGUGAUGGAGUGCGAGGAAGACCUCGCCAGUGUAGCGACGGAGAAGCAAAUGCUAGAGUAUGGCAGCAAGAUGGGCGGCAAGGAUGACUCCAAGCCUCCUCCGCGAGGGCCACCCUUGAAGCCUGUGAUUAUCACGAGGGAUGCCGUUCAGCAGGCAAUUUAUGGCGCUGGUUAUCCGAGUCUGCCGACAAUGACUGUGCAGGAUUUCUAUGAUCAGCGCGUGGCAGAGGGAAUAUUUCCAGAUCCAACAAAAGCCAGCGCAGAACCACGUCAGAAGAGUCUGCAGGACAAGACAGAGCAAGACUUGGCGCAAGAAGAGGAGCAAGAAGCAGCCGAGAACGACAGACUGCAGGAUGCGGACGAUGUGGAUUAUCUAGAGAGGGCGCGAAGGAUGGAUGAGUUCAAGGAUGAGGUGCGCCGAGGCGAUGGAAAUCGCUACAAUAGAAGUUGAAGAAU